CUAAUUUCGGUCUUUUUACUUCUGCGCGUGUCGAGUCAAGCUCGACUUUCAACUUCGGGGACUGUUAUCAUUUUCCAAGGGCUAACCUUGUUCUGUCGUGGCCAUCGCCUUUGCCGGACAAGGGAGCUUAUUCAAGUUUAAUGUCCAAUGAAGCAUGUAAUUAAGAUCUUGACUCUGUUAGUGGCUAUCUCUGCCUUUUGGAUUGGCCUCAUACAGGCAUUGAUAGUUCCAUGUGACCAAACUUCGUUGCUACCUAUCUAUUUUGUUGUAUCACUGGGAUGCUAUGGUUUAUUUAUGGUUGGACUUGGUCUAAUGCGAUUUCCAACUUGUCCUGAAGAAGCACUGCUCUUGCAGCAGGAUAUUCUUGAGGCCAAGGGAUUUCUGAAGCAGAGAGGUGUCUGAUGUUGGUUCUGACUAUUGAGCUUUUCGCAAUUUUAUGGAAAGGAACCCUAAACAGGGUGUUACCUGGUCUCAAAAUUUCUUGUUUGUUUCCUAAGAAAAUUUGUUUAAACCAAAAGAUUAAAAGAUUGGCAGCGCCAGUGGCAAGUACAGCUGUAACUAGAUUGUCUGUCUUGUUAGUAGAUGGCCAGAACUCAUGAAUGAGAAAAAUGUAGAUAUACAAUAUUGUUUUUGCCC